UUUUCUCUCCCCUCGCUCGCCGGAGACCAACCGGAACCGCCGCCUCCGCCGUCAAGCCCAUCGGCGCCGGCCAUGUCGAUCUUCGAGUACAACGGGAGCGCCGUGGUGGCGAUGGUGGGGAAGAACUGCUUCGCGAUCGCCAGCGACCGGCGCCUCGGGGUGCAGCUGCAGACGGUCGCCACGGACUUCCAGAGGGUGUUCAAGGUCCACGACAAGCUCUACAUCGGCCUGUCCGGCCUCGCCACCGACGCCCAGACGCUGUACCAGCGGCUGGUGUUUAGGCACAAACUGUACCAGCUGCGGGAGGAGAGGGACAUGAAGCCGCAGACAUUCGCUAGCCUCGUCUCCGCGCUCCUCUACGAGAGAAGGUUUGGACCAUACUUCUGCCAGCCAGUUAUUGCUGGGUUAGGAGAUAACGACGAGCCAUUUAUAUGUACGAUGGACUGCCUUGGUGCCAAGGAACUAGCGAAAGAUUUUGUGGUUUCUGGCACUGCUUCAGAAUCACUAUAUGGUGCUUGUGAAUCCAUGUAUAAGCCAGGCAUGGAACCGGAAGAACUAUUUGAGACAAUCUCACAAGCAUUGCAAGCUUCAGUUGAUCGCGAUUGUCUGAGUGGCUGGGGUGGCUAUGUUCUCCUCGUGACUCCCACGGAGGUUCGGGAGAGUGUGAUCAAGGGAAGGAUGGACUGAGUACUCUCCCGUAGACCUAGAUCAUGUAGGAGAUGAUUUCUGGUUUCCUUCAGUCACCUAUCCUGUACAAGUACAACUGCCUACAGAACUAGGAAAACCUAUGUGGUCUAUUUACUUCCCAAGAAACAUC